GGGGGUUAUUUUUUUUUUCUUCUUUUUUGUUGAAUAUCGUAGCAGACGCGUGCGCGACCACCUGCGCCAAAUUUCGCAACAACGAUACGCGUUGACGUUAAAAAAGACACACGCGUUAUCUACAACUGGCAAGAAAAAAGGAACAAUACAAAAUCUGGGUGUGCAUUUCCUGCUUGUUUUGACGACAGAGGAACGGAUGAAACAGAUGACAGUCCAUCUCAUUUGUUCUACCUGCCAAAGAAGAGAAUUGUGGGGGUCUCUUCGAGACGCGUUUGUGCUGUUCACAUUCGGGGAAAAAAACAAACAAAAAUCAGAGACAAGUUUCGUGCAAAGGCCGAGGUAAAGUUUGACUUUCGAUCAGGCGAUGUGCUUCUAGCAGCACAAUCAAUGCGAGAACUCGUAUAACUUUGCCCGUGCUUGUUAUCGUCGCAAAACGCGUGUACGCGCUCAUCACCUACAUUGCAGCAAAGAAGAGUAGUAUUGAACCUGCCACUAGUGGUGCGCACCCUAACUUGGCAAGCCCAACUCUCUCCGGAAAAAGUGAAAAAAGAAAACGACAUGCCCUACGCCUUCACCUGAAUCACUGACUCUCGUAUAGAGUUUCUUUUCUUUCCGCAUUGACUUGGCAACAAACCGACAAAAAUAGAAUACAAAAAAAAAAAAAAAGUUGUGGGAAAUUGAUUUACAGACGUGCCGAUUCUUCGUGACGGGCGAGGUGCACGUCAUUCGUUUGGGUACGGUCAACUUGGGCUCCUCAUCUCGUCAAUCUUCAAUCUUUCUCUUCAUCAUUCUCUCUUUCACCAAACCUACCGGCAACUACCAUGGGAACAGCAUCGUACCAUCCAGUUUCUUCAUCGCCUCCGCUUCUGCUCUGGAUCAUCAUCCUCUUCCUGUCCUUGUCGACUGUGCUAAGCCAAGGCAUGAAGAACAAUCAGCAGCAGAACAUCAACUUUCGCGAGAAGGAGAAGCAGAUUUUGGACAGAAUUCUGGGCACGCAGUAUUACGACAGGCGGAUUAGACCGGCCGGCGCUAAUGGAACAGAAGGACCGGCCGUUGUGGACGUCAACCUCAUGUUCAGGAGUUUCCCCACCAUCAGCGACAACAAAAUGGAAUAUAGUACGACCAUUACCUUCAGAGAGGAAUGGCUAGACGAACGACUCAAGUUCGACGAUUUCAGAGGUAAAUUGAAGUACCUGACACUGACGGAUCCGGAUAAGGUUUGGAUGCCCGAUCUCUUCUUUUCCAACGAGCGAGAGGGACACUUUCAUAACAUCAUCGUACCCAACGUCUACGUCCGCAUCUUCCCCAACGGCAAAGUCCUCUACAGCAUCAGGAUUUCUUUGACGCUGUCGUGUCCAAUGAACCUCAAGUUGUAUCCACUCGAUCGUCAAAUGUGUUCUCUACUUAUGAUCUCUUAUGGUUGGACUACCGAAGACUUGGUUUUCCAAUGGAGAAAAGGUGACCCUGUCCAAGUGGCCAAAAACAUGCACUUGCCUCGUUUCAUGCUCGAGCGAUACGAGGCCGAUUACUGCCACAGCGUCACCAAUACAGGAGCGUAUUCGUGCCUGAAAGUUAACUUGCUCUUCAAACGCGAGUUCUCCUACUACCUGAUCCAGAUUUACAUUCCCUGCUGCAUGUUAGUCAUCGUCUCUUGGGUUUCAUUCUGGCUCGACGCCAACGCCGUUCCAGCGCGCGUCUCUCUCGGUGUCACCACCCUACUGACCAUGGCCACUCAGACGACCGGUAUCAACAACUCAUUGCCACCCGUCUCCUACACCAAGGCAAUUGACGUUUGGACUGGUGUUUGUUUGACGUUCGUCUUCGGGGCGCUGCUCGAGUUCGCCCUAGUGAAUUACGCCUCGCGAUCAGACGCCCACCGAGAGAAAUUGAAGAAACAGAGACGUCAAUGGGAAAUGGAGCGUGAAAGAGAACGUCAAGCGGCUUUCGAAGCAGCUGCUCAAGCACAAGCGCAAGUUAGCGACAAUCGGUUAGACGAUGGAAUCACAACUUUUGCGUACAUGAAAUCGCUGCCUCGUCUGAGAGGUGAAUGUUCGAUGGCACUAGACAAACGUUACGAGUUCCAUUUGGCCGCAGGAAGCGGUCAUCACCAUUCCAGUUGUUGGAGAUCGUGGAUCUCUAAAUUUCCAUCCCGCUCCAAGCGCAUUGACGUCAUGUCGCGCAUCAUCUUCCCUGUUGUCUUCGCUCUCUUCAACUUCGCUUACUGGGGGACGUACCUUUUCUUCGAAAACGAAGACGAUUGAAGAUGCACUUUUGGCAAAUUGUCAAUUUCCCGGCCAUUUAUUUAUUUAUUUUUUUCGUUCACACGUUUGGCCGGAAAAUGAGCCGUGAAAAUGAUCUAGAACGUGAAAAUUGCGUCACUCACUCCCUUUCGAUCGUGUUGGCAGUGAAAAAUCUGCGAACCAAAAAGCCGUUCUUUUUAUAUAUUUUAUACAUAUACAUAACGGGAUACCAAUUAUAACAAAUCAAUUAUAUUAGUCGUUCACACCUGUAACGCACGCACACACUGAUUGUCUUAGGGGGGGAUUCAGACAGCGCCGAGGUGUGUCCGCUCGUUUUGGGGGUCAUCAUGAACUUUUACCAUUUUUGCUUUUUCGGCUCAACUUUUGCUCGCUCGCGCAACAGAAUCGGUGAAAAAAUCAUGUCUAUAUGCUGUAUGUAAAACGAUGCUAUUCGUAAUCCAUUUUUGGGUGUAUGAUUGUGUUUACUGCACCAAGUGAACCUUUUUUUAAAUUUGAGUUCCAUUCAAAUAUUUCGUGAUUUUUAUUCCAUUCGACUGCAGGUGAUGUCUGCCGCGUACCAUACGUAGUCUGCUAACAGUCGGAUACAUUCGUCUGCUGUGGCACGACUAAGUCUGGAAUGGAAAACAGCACAAAUUGCUAUUUUUUAUGGCCCACUGCUGAAAUAGAAUGAAAAUCAUGAAGUAUUUGAUAUCCAUCCAAUUCAUUUUGUGCAAUAAACACAAAAAAUACACUGACGAUUGUAUUUCUGAUUGCUCUGUCAACCGCCCGCAAACAAACCCCAUCAAACUGUAGACGACAAAACGUUCUGUCGUGUUUCUAUCAUCAUGUGUUUGUCAUUGAGUUCGUGAUGGAUAAAAGAACGUUACACUAUGGUCUUAAGUCUUAACAUCUUACAAGACAAUUUAACAUCAAUGGUGAUUUAAUUUUUUCCAGUUUUUAUGCAUUUCUCAAGCCUGAUUGCGUUUUUCGAAAUUGAUCGACACCGAACUACGAUGCCCAAUACAGAACGCACCAAAACUAUAUAGCCUUUGAAGAAGGAACCGUUGUAAAAAUGCAAAUCAAGACACAAGAAUUUAGCUCUCUAUUUUCAAUUGUUUUCGCAACGAUGUUUUCGUAGUGUGCCGAUUAUACGUUUACUUAACCAUCAUUCGUAAAUGUAUAAUCAGUUGAGGAUGAACUUAAAUGAUGAAAUUUAUUCAUGAAGAUAUGAACAUUCGACGAACUGGAAUAGCUGGGAUAAAAACCUUUUCUGUGCACUCUGUAAAAAACAACAAAACAUUAAAAAAUAUAUAUAAC